UAUAGGAUAGAAUAGAAUAUUUUUUCCAACCAAUUUGGGCCCACAGAGGAUCAUUAGGAUGCACAUUGACAAAGUCCAAAAUCACAGAAGCGUAUGACAAAGGAAAACAAAGACAAUUGCACUGCAUGAUGAACAGAGAGUUAGCCAUCAAAUCCAUCAGUGCAUAAAAUACACACAAAACACAUUCACUUGUAAGAAAACAUGGAAUUAGCACAUUCCCUCCUGUUAAAUGAAGAAGCAUUGUCUAAGAUUCCAGACAACAAGAAGCCAGUAUUUGUGUUUGAAUGGCUGAGGUUUUUGGACAAAGUUCUUGUAGCUGCACAAAAGUCUGACAUUAAAGAAAAACAAAAACAAUUAGUAUCACAGCUUACCUCCCAGAUCAGCGAGUCCCCAGGUCCCCCCACCAGAAAACUUUUGGCUCGGAACCUUGCUACAAUAUUCAGUGUUGGAGACACAUUUGAUCUCUUUGAUACGUUAAACAAGUGCAAUGAUAUCAUAAAAAAUCGAGAUGAUUCUCCCAGCUACCUACCCACGAAAUUGGCAGCUAUUGGCUGCUUGGGAGCUAUGUAUGAAAAGCUGGGUAGAAUGACUGGAAGAUCUUUUGAAGAGACAGUUCAAACAUUGAUUAAGUCUCUCAAAAAUGCGGAGUCUCAAGGUCGGAGUGAAAUUAUGUCUACACUAGAGAAGGUGAUAAAGGGUCUGGGGACAGCAGGUAACAGCACCUAUAAGGAUGUGUACAAGGCAACCAAACAGUGCAUGACGGACCGGUCCAUGGUAGUCAGAUUCGCAGCAGCAAAGUGCAUGUUACAACUGGUAUAUGAGGCCCCUUUUAUGUACACUAGUGAGUUAGAGACAGUUUGCUCCCUUUGUUUCCGAGCCCUUGACGGCUCCAACUAUGAUGUCAGGUGUGCGGUGGCAAAACUUCUGGGAAAUCUGAUGUCAACCACCCAGAGUCCGAAGGCAGUCAGCACAGGCUCUUUUUCUAGAUUGAGUUUUGGAGCUAAAUGGAAGCAGCCCAAACUGGAGGAUGUAUUGAAUCUGCUGUCUGUUGGCUUUUUGAAAGGGGGUAUAGGAAGUGGAAAUAUCAACAGAGAGAUCAGAGUGGGUGUCACACAUGCAUAUAUCGAGUUUGUGAAGUCUAUGGGUGGUCUGUGGUUGGAGAGAAACAUAUCAGUGUUUCUUAACCACAUCCUGGAGCUUGUGGCCAACCCUAAGGCCACACCCACCCAUGUGGAUGCUGUUUAUGCUAGGAAGUGUGUGCUGUUCAUCAUUAGGUCAGCCAUUGGGGGACUACUUGGGGAAAAGGCGCAAAUAGCAGCAGCCAAGGAAAUCUCGCAGAUCAUUGUCAAGCAGAUGAAUAUUGUUGGUGAAGCCACAGUGGAUUCUGAUAGCAGGUCAUCCAGUUUAGACAUUGCAGGUAGUCAACAUGUCCUUGUGUGCUCUCUACAUGAACUGGGCAGUCUGGUGCUGAGAUUGGGGACAUCAGCCAGUCCUCUGGUAGCUGAACCAGCCACAGGUAUCAUAGAACCAGUAGUGUCUGUACUGAUCCAUCCAAGCCAUGCUGCUCGGCUGGCUGCCUCCUGGUGUUUGGGGAGCAUCUCCAGGGCUCUUCCUUCCCAGCUGACCCCGCUAUUGGACAGGUGUGUGGAAAGGAUGGACAAACUGAAGACAUCGCCAGAGGCAGUGUCUGGGUAUAGCAGUGCCCUUGCUGCCCUUCUGGGAGGGGUCUAUCAGUGUCCUCUGGGUAUUCCUCAUGCCAAAGGCAAGCAACUGUUCAAUCUGUCUGAGGAACUUUUGAGAACAGCAUCUCAAAACAGCCGCCUAUCUUUACAGAGGACACAGUCAGGCUGGCUUCUCCUUGGAUCUCUUAUGACAUUAGGGCCAGCUGUGGUAAAAAAUCAUUUACCAAGGAUGUUAUUGCUGUGGAAGAAUGCUUUUCCUAGAUCUCACAAGGAGUUAGAAGCAGAGAAACAGAGAGGAGACUCCUUUACCUGGCAAGUGACACUGGAAGCACGCUCCGGGGCCUUAGGAGCUAUGAACAGUUUUCUGCAGCACAGCCGUGACCUUGUGACAGAGGACGUGAUUCGACGUCUGCUGGCUCCACUAAAGUGUGCACUCCUUAUGUUCGUUCAACUCCCCUGGGUCAUUAAGCAGUAUGGUACACACUUAAAGGCUAGUGCUGCCAUGGUCAGAUUAAGGCUGUAUGAUGUUCUUUCUCAGCUCCCUCCAGAAUCGUUUGAAGGAACUUAUACUGACUUGUUGAGAGAGCUGGUAGCAGAGUUUACACUGACAGACAACCCUGCCAAUACGACAACUUCCUUACUGAGAGCCAUGUGUCAUGUGGAUGACAGUGUUAUUCUGGGAUCCUGGCUCCAGGAAACUGACCACAAGGCCAUUGAAGAUCAGUUUGAACCCAAUCGUAAAGUUGAUAAAGAGGUACUGCAGCCAAACAGUGCCUCCGGGUCAGGAGCUUUGGAACACGACUCCCAGUCUCUGUAUGCCAGAUGUUCUAUGAGUGACCCUGUUCCUGGUCCCCUUCCAUUGGGGGUGGCUGUGAUUGACAGUUCAGUAAGGCUGUAUGGAUUGGUUUUCCCUCGUGUGGCACACAAACACAGACUUCAGAUGUUACAACAUUUCAUUGAAUGUAUCAAGCAAGCAAAGUCUGUGAGACAACAGGCUGUGCAGAUGAACAUCUUUACUGCUGUUCUCUGUGCCUUAAAGAAUUUGGCAGAUGCAAAAGAAAGCCUUGGUCCGGAUGAAGUAAAGAAGUCUGCCUUUAAUCUGAUCAUGGGUGCACUCAGCAGCACCAACCCUAUUCUGCGUUGUGCAGCAGGUGAAGCUCUGGGUCGGAUUGCACAGGUGGUAGGAGACAGUCGCUUUAUUGCAGACAUGGCACAGUACAGUUUUAACAGUCUGAAAUCAGCUAGAGAUGUAAUCAAUCGAACUGGACACUCUUUGGCCCUAGGGUGUUUACAUCGGUAUGUGGGAGGAAUGGGGUCAGGACAACAUCUCAACACCAGCGUCAGCAUUUUACUCGCAUUGGCAAAGGAUUCCAACUCACCUGUUGUACAGGUGUGGUCGCUACAUGCCCUGGGGCUGAUUGCUGACUCUGGAGGCCCCAUGUUUAGGAGUUACGUGGAGCCCACCCUCUCCCUUGUCCUACAGCUGUUACUGUCCGUCCCACCCUCUACAGUCGAUGUUCAUCAGUGUCUGGGGAAAUGUCUCUCUGCUCUUAUCACAUCACUGGGACCUGAAUUACAAGGUAACAGUGGUGCUAUUGCCACAGCCAGGCUGUACAGUAUGGUGUGCUGUGCCAUUAUGCAAGAUCACCCGGACUCCCUGGUGCAGGCUGAGGCUAUCACCUGUCUACAGCAGCUACACAUGUUUGCUCCCCGCCAUGUUAAUCUCACCUCUCUUGUACCUCAUCUCUGUGCUACCUUGAAUAGUUCUCACCUCCUCCUCCGCCGAGCUGCAGUGGGAUGCCUACGACAGCUGGUGACCAGAGAGGCAGGAGAGGUCAGUGACCAGGCCUUGACCCUUGCAGGAGAUGACAGCAAUGAGGACUCCAUAGUAACUGAGACUGGACUGGAGGGUCUGUUGUUUGGAAUGAUGGACACAGAGAUUGAUGGCAAGCUGAUCUCCGAUGUGCAGGACACACUUAUCAGUCUGCUGCAGUCACUGGCUACUCAAAAUCUCACAAGAUGGCUGCUGCUUCUCAAAGGUGUUCUGUCAUCCUCUACAGACGCAGGUAGUAGUGGGCCACUUGAGAGUGGAACCCUUGACAACAAAGAAAAGGAUGAUGAUGAUGAUGAAGAGGAAGAUGCAGAACUAGAGUUCAAAGCUUCAGCUCCAGACGUCACUCAUCCCACUGUGGCACCAAGGUGGCCAACAAGAGUGUUUGCUACAGAAUGUCUACAGAAAAUUCUCCUGGCAUGUGAGGGAGUGCAGGCACACUUUGACCUUGAACUAGCCAAAGAAAUAAGACUGAAAACCAGCAAUGAGAAUUACCUUGCUCUACAUCUUUCGGAGCUUGUCAGAAUGGCCUUCAUCGCAGCAACAUCAGACAGCAACCAGCUUCGUCUAGCUGGUCUAUCAGCUCUACAGGAUAUCAUUACAAAAUUUGCCACAGUUCCAGAGCCUGAGUUUCCUGGUCAUGUGAUUCUAGAACAGUUCCAGGCACAGGUUAGUGCAGCCCUCCGUCCAGCUUUCUCACCAGACACUUCGUCAGAUGUUACUGCAGCUGCUUGUGAUGUAUGUAGCACAUGGAUUGGCAGUGGAGUAGCUCGAGACCUCAAUGAUCUUCGUAGAGUCCAUCAACUUUUGGUGUCCUCUUUAGCGAAAUUGAAUGCUGGGAAAUCUCAGUCUCCUUUAUACAAUGAAAGUGCUGUCACCAUGGAGAAAUUAGCAGUGCUAGGAGCUUGGGCAGAGGUCUACAUUGUGGCCGUAGAAAGGGAACAUGAAAAAGAGACCAAACCCCAGAAGGAGGAGGAGGAGUAUGGGGAAAGUUCCAGGGAAAGUCUGCUGUCCCUGGUACAACCAGAACUUCCCACCCUCAGUCAGAACUGGCUGGGGGCCCUCAGAGACUAUGCUUAUCUCUCACUUCCAACAGAAUAUUCUAGUCAGCUGCCAUCAGAUGGUGGAACGUUCUAUCACCCAGACACAAUAGACAGUGCUAAGCCUCACUACAAAAAGCGGUGGACUCCUAUCCUUCAUGCCCUGGCCAUCUGGCUUCAUGAAACUGGGUUUUCUGUUGGGGAGAUGAACAAAGAGAGUGAUAAAAAUUCAAAUGUCCCUGCAAAUGCCCCUGCUAACAUGAAGAGGAAUGAGAUCAACUCUGAUAGACUGUAUCUUAUUCUAGGUAUAUGUGUGGAAGCCUUGUCUAAUCCUCAAACUGUCCUUUCUACGCAUGCUGUUAAUGGAAUUCUGAAAGCAAUUGCUGCAGUUCUGAGUUCUGAUUGGCCAAAACAGCAAAUAGGGGCAGACCCAAUACUGUCCAAAGAAGUUCUAAAUGUAAUGCACAGAGUGUUUCUGACCCAGGACAAUGUGUAUACCCAGCUACUGGCUGUCAAAGUGCUUAAAGCGGUGUUAUUGGCAGGAAAAGACAGCCUACAACAGGACAGGGCCAAAGUCAAAGAAAAGGAAUUGGAAACCUCAACAAGCAGUAGUUCCGAGUCUAUGGACACUUCAGAGAGUGGUUCUAUGGGAGAUGGUGGGGAGGAAGGGGACAUCAUUCCAGAGAAAUCUGUGGUGUAUGCUGCAUUAGAGGUGUGUUUAUGUGUUAUAUCCAGGCAAAUUCCGGCCCUCAAUCCCUCGGCUCCCAACACAGGAUUCCAAAUCCCAACAAGGCUAACCAAAAUGUCAGACGAAAACUGUUCACUUGUAGCCUCCAUUGUACUUACUCUGGCAGACCUCCCUAAUUUGUGUUCCAAAAAUGGCUCCACUUCUGUUCUUCCUACAAUUCUGUUCCUAAUCACGGGGGUUUUACGGGAGAUGUCAAAUAAAGGUGCAGAGAAAAAGUCCCCUCUUUUGGUUCAGGGCUGUCUGACGGCCCUCCGCACGCUGUGUUGUUCCUCAUUUUUGGAGGAUGAAGAUGUUGGAUAUAAUUGGAAGGAACUUCUCAGAAGUGCUCUAGUCACUGUACUUCAAAAUUCCAAGCCAGUUGAUGAUAAGCCUGGUAUGGAUGAGGUGACUCUUCUUGCCACAGUAACUAUGUUUUUAGUGUGGGGUCCAGAGGAGAUAGCACAGACCCAAGCAAUUCAGAUACAAUGUGUCACUGUUUUCAGGGAUUGUUGGGAAUCCAACAUUCAAGAGGUGCAAUUAAAGUGUUUACAGAUGUUCAUGUCAGUGAUACAAAAACUGGACGCCAAACAAGCGAUACCCUACAUACGAGGAGUGGCUGCCAAAUUUUUAGAAUAUUUACUUGUACUAAAAGAUGAUAAAUCUGGGCUGGAUUCCCAACAAGCACUCAUUACUGCCUCUCUGAAUUUCGCUGAGGUACUGGUAGCCAAAGCGGAAGAUGAUAAAAGGCUUCAGUUGCUGUCCUUGUUUCUGCCAGUUUUAGUGUCUUUUCUAGUGGAUGAAAAGAACUACACAACCGUUUCUAAACCUACACAGGCAAUUCAUGAUGACUGCUUACAGAGACUGGUCAAAAUAGGUCCUAUGUAUCCAGAGCAAUUCAAGAACAUCAUGACAUCACAUACUGACCUUAAAUUAAGAUUAGGACUUGCAAUAAAGCACAGUCAGACUCAGAGUUCUUCACAAAGGAAAAUGGAGGCUGCUGCUCUCCAACAGAAACUCAAUCAGAAGCCUGCCAAACCCACCAUAGCAUUGAAAACAAAUUUUGGAAAUUUUGCUGCAAGUUGACAAUGAUUUUGUUAUUGUUGUUGAUCCAGCUGUGAUAGUGCAAUUAUUAUAUACAUCCUAAUAUUUCCAUUUUAGUAAUGUUUUAUUUGUUAUCUUGCGUGUUCAAGUGGGAGCGAGUGCUUAGUAAAUUUUGAAGUGUUUAUAGGAAAAUAUUUUGUUUGUUUUGGGGUUUCUGAACCCAUAUUUUUAUAUGCCAAACAUUACAGAUUUACCAGGGUUUAAACCCUUUUAAAGCAAUUUCAUGAAGAAAACUUGACAAAAAUGUUAUAUAUUUUUGGAUUUUCUCUAAAUAUCUAGACAUACAUUGUGAAAGCAAUUUGAAGUUGAUCAAAGAAAGCCAGUGUGAGCAUCAAUUUAUUGUUGGUUUUUUUGUUGUUGAUUGUGAUGUGUUAAUCGUAAUGAAGUUUUAACUUGACUAAUUACCUUCUUGUUUCAACAAAAAAUUGAGCUACAUGUACGUGUUCUUUGUGCCAAUAGCUCGGCAGACAAUUUAUCAAAUGAUAAUAAAUUUGCAUUACUUAUAACUCCAGUUUUAUGGAAGUGAAAUCACACUAAUUAUGUUAUAAACUCCGUGUUUAGAUUUUUAUUAAGUUUGAUUUGUAAGUUUCUCUCUAAUCCAGCACACACAACUAUAUUCAGAAUUUAGUUACAUGUAUAUAAACAGUGUAUAACCAAAUGUAUUUCAAAUUCCAUUUCGUAUUUGUGAUUAAGAUUCAUUUUACACAAUGAAAAUCUUAUGAAUAUGAUUUCUUUUCUGUAAUCUUUGCUGAUGAUCAUGCAAUUAGGGCUAUCUUGAAAAUAAAAGAAUUGCAUAAUUUCUAAUAUUAAAAUUGAUAUCAAAUAUCUAAAA